UCUAAGACUACGCGCCGGCAACAGUGCUCAUCUAUUAUGGAUUUUAUGACACUAUUUUUUAUACUGACUGUGUCAUUGUCGUGUCAGGGGCAGAGGGAGGCCAGACUUCCGCUCUCUUACGACAGCUUCCGGCAGAUACUUCGUUCCAAAGUCUCAGUGCCCGAAGGCCGUAAAAUCAGCGUCAACGAUGUCAUCCUACGAUUGUACAGCCCAAACGCUACCAAGCCGGCCGGAUACCGCAUCAGAGAGACCAAGCGGCUUCUAGCUGACCCCAACUUCGACCCGCAGCGGCCCACCGUUGUCUAUGCUCACGGCUAUGUGGAGCUGUUCACAGACGCAAGCGUCAAGCGCGUGAUGGAAGCGUAUUUGCAGAAUGGGGAGUACAACGCGCUCCUCCUGGACUGCUCGAACCUGGCGUUCGGUAACUACGGAGUCUCUGCCAUCGGUUUGAAGGCGGUAGGUGAAGAGACAGGGAAGGCGAUAUCCAGGUUAAUAAAAGGCGGGCUGUCUCUGGAAGGGCUGCAUCUCGUGGGGCACUCUAUGGGGGCGCAGCUGCUGGGGAUCGCCGCACGGUUCCUGUCAGAAAGAAAAACUAAAGUGCCCAGGUUGACCGGCCUCGACCCGGCCUACCCCGGCUUCUACCCGCCGCUCCUCGCCCCUCCCAUGUCGCCCUCCGACGCCGUGUUCGUGGACGCGGUGCACACGGACGGCGGCGGGUUCGGCUCCCCGGCGGCCACGGGCGCCGCGGACUUCUGGCCGAACGAGGGCAAGGCCAAGCAGCCGGGGUGCUUGUCGGCCACAGUUCCGCUUACUGUUGAAGAUUUCUGCAGCCACUGGCGCUCAUGGGAGUACUGGGCCGAGUCGAUAGAGGGGGGCGAGUUUAUGGCCCGAAAAUGCGAGGACUAUGAUACUUUCCUACGAGGACAGUGCAAGGAAGAACCACUCGUCUAUAUGGGACUUAAGGCCAGCCCUAAGUUAACUGGCAAUUUCUACCUGCGGACAGCUGCGAAGGCGCCCUUUGCUUUGGGCGAGAGAGGCGCGGACUGACGAACAUACAUACAACCAAGCCCACCCAAUAGCUAUCGCUUCAUUAAAUUUUUACAUAAACUGUUAUGUGAGAUCUUAAGAUGAUAUUGUGAUAUUAAGGUAAAAUUAUAAUUUAUUCUAUGAUAAAUGUGAGAACAGAGCAAAAUGGGACUUUGCCGGUUGACAGUAAGGUUGAUUUAUGAUUACAUGCUUAUGUACAGUAAGCAGCGAGAUAACUGACCCCCGUGCAAACAAGUUUAUAUGCAGGGGGGUCAGUAAUCUCUGCAGCUAACUGUAGGUACCUACUACUACAUUUACAUUAGUGGAGUAUUUUUGACUACAAGCGGAAUGAUCCCUUUUGUUCCGCGUUAGAAUAAAAUAUGAAUUUGUACAAACCACUAGACUAAGUAUAAAUAAAGUAUUUUAUAAUUACA